AUGCACCCAUUUAAACGCCUGUCUUGGACUCACUUGUUUUUUAAACCCUUCUGGUCUUCUCCGCGGAUCUCUUGCGCCUCUAUUGUGACUUGCACUCACCAAUCCUUCUCCUCUCCCUGCACACGCGCAUGCAAGCACACUUCCAGGCGGCAAGAGGUGCCCUCCACAGGAAAUUCUGUUUUUAUCGUGCACACUCUCUCCCUCAAACAGACGUUCAGAAUGAGCUUCGCACGCCGGCCAAUCACUCCCAUCGAGAUCUUGCGUAACUGCCGCGGCAAGGAGGUCUCCAUCGAGCUUGCGGACGGUGAGACGGUGAACGGCACCGUCAUGCGCACGGAUCGUGCCAUGAACGUGGUAAUCAAGCAGUGCACUCGCACUGGCGCUGACGGCGAGUCGUUUUGGAAGUCACGUGAGUGUUUCAUCCGUGGCGCCAGCGUUAAAAACGUGCGUAUGACGGACAGCGCACUUGUCGCCGUGCCGGUGUUAUCGAAGCGUAAGGCGGCGGGCAGCAAAGGCGCCGAUACCCGCAAGGAGAAGUCGGUAGCAGGUGGCAAGCGGCCACGGAGGUAG